AUGCAUUGGAAUUACACUAUACAAAGUGAAAAUAAAGGUUUGUGUUUUCUGUUCGAUAUCAGAAGAAAGAGGUCAAAUAAACCGAGAAUGUCGGACAAUGAAUCUUACACUUACUUUGCAGGGAAUGACACGUACAAACCCUUUAACCCAUUGGUGUCCCACAUUGGUGAUUUCUCACCAUUCUACAUAGCAAUCGCUAUUUGCACUGUUAUUCUGGGACUGCUGUUGAUUUUGAACGUCGUGUGUUGCUGUUCAAAGUACUCUGAUUACUGGCUUGACAGGCAUACAGGUAAUCGCUGGAUUGUCUCCAUCUGGUCCACAACUCCACAUAAGCAACCGCCACUAGACUUUACAGAGCUAGAGGGACAAAAUCACUUUGUGCAUCAAUACCACAGUGAAGAGUACAGAGAAGUUGUCAAAGGAGAAUCAGACUUUCCACCUUCCAUCUCACGUCAACCGCUCCAUUCCUCUCAAGAAUACCUGGAAUUGCAUAAAAGGGAAAGUGACAUAUAAUAAUAUGGCUUUCUUAAUGAUGUACCCUGCUAUAGCUGUACUUGCACUCUUUGUUCUGUUAGUAAUUAUUUUCAUAUUACGAUUUGGAGCACGCUGGUGCAAUCUUCGCCAUCAUACUUUAGCAGAAAAAGAUGACUGGAAUGAAGAAAUGGCUUAUGAGCACAAGGUGUCUUAUGCUUAGAGUAAGCAAAUUAUCUCUCCAAGUAACUGGUAUGCAGCUCCAUUAUUGAACAGAUGUAAUCAUAAGGAAAGCUAUUAAUUUAAACAUUUAUUACAGUAAAAGUAUUCUUCAUCAGAAACAAACUAACACAAAGAGUAAUGGUAACCUUUUAGUAAUUAAUAAUAAGCAAUUUCAAAAUAAACAGACCAGAAUAUAUUUCAAGUAGCAAAUCUAUUUAUGGUCCUAGAUGCCAUACAAAGAAUCUUACCAAUGGAAAUUUUUGUUUGAUUAACCAAAGGUAUUCAGUUUCUAUCCAAUUUUUGUUUGAUUAACCAACCUAGGACUACCACUACCAAACUCGAUACAAAUAAGACUAAUCAAAAUAUUAUAUACUUACCACAUA